UUUCCUUCUUAUCUCUUGGAUUCAUCACAAAGCGCCAGAGUUUUUGAAACAGACAUGGCUUUCCACCAAAGAUCAAUUAGUUUGCCUUCUAGGCCUCUCUCCAAAGUUGAAGAGGAGCUUCACAGCAUAGAGGCAUGCAUCUCUUCACCCUUCCUGACCAUUGAGAUGAUCUCUGAUGGUUUGAGGAGGCUUGAGGACAUCUACAGCUCCAUUGAGGAGAUCAUGUGCCUGCCUAGCAACCAAGUUUGCUCAUCUGGGCAGAGGAGGUUGUUGGAUGGAGAGAUGGAAUGCUCCCUUGAGCUACUGGAUCUCUGCAACGCUAUGAAUGAGGUCUUCACCGAGUUGAAGGCCAUCAUCCAAGAUCAGCAAGUGUCUCUCAGAAAAGGAGAUGACGCAGUUCUUCAAGCCAAGAUCCAGUCGUACAUCCACUUGGUGAAGAAGGCAAAGAAGCAUUCCAAGAAGACUUUGAAGAAGGUUGUGUCAGACAAGGAGGAGUGCAGGAUAGUCAAGCUCUUGAGCGAGGCUAGAGAGAACACUACAUCUCUAUUCGAGUCAACAAUGCACCUCUUGUCGAAGCAAAUCGAGAUGCCAAAAUUGUCCCUCAUCUCCAGGGCAUUCCAGAAGAAAAACACAAUGAUUUGCAAUGAUGAGCAGUUGCAGGUGUUAGAGUGCUGCAUCGGGGACCUUGAGGCUGGAGCAGGACUUCUGUUCAGGAGAUUGGUCCAGAGCAGGGUUACUCUCCUGAACAUUCUUAGCUUAUAGAUAUUCCUCAAGAUCUGAAACUCUUAAGACCUUGUGAUUGGCAUCCGUCUUUUAAAGGAUUUGCUGAUCCUUACCAUUUGUAUAUGUUAUAGGCUUACUGUACAGAAAAGAAAACAUACAUGAAAGAGAGUUUUGAUCUAAUUCUUUCCAUCCCCUGAGUCCUCACGUAUCUCUGAGGUACAUCAUGUGAUUAUGCAAGCGAUAUUAUUAAUGUCUUUGUGAUGAAUAUAAAUCGCACAACAUGGCAAAUGAAUUAUAAA